AUGGGUUACAACUUUAGAGGUUCUUAUAGCUUCAUCGUGGCUGCAAAACUGAAGGCAUUGAAAUCCGAUUUGGAAAUUUGGAAUAAAGAGGUGUUUGGUAAUGUCUCCGUAUGGAAGGAGAUGAACUUCAGUGAGAUAACAUUUUGGGAUUUGAAAGAGAGGGAAGGUGGCCCUUCUCACAAGGAGAAUGAGUCUUGCUACCCGUUUUUGUCUUUUGAGAACAUCAUGCCCAAUAUUUUGCCUGUCAACUUAGGUAGCAUAGGCUCUUCACUAGAUGUGCAAAGCACCCUCAGCAAACCCAGCAAGAGAUGGCACUUGGCUUUUGUUACUAUAUAUUGUUUCAGGGCCCUACACUCUCUUCUCAACGAUCCUCUCUCCAACAACAAAAACAAGAGCAGGAAACUCCUGCUUAAUAGUCCUCCUUUUGUGGUCCUCGAUGUGCCAAGCACCCUCAGCAAAGCCAGCAAGAGAUGGCACUUGGCUUUUGCUACUAUAUAUUGUUCCAGAGCCCUACACUCUCUUCUCAACGAUCCUCUCUCCAACAACAAAAACAAGAGCAGGAAACUCCUGCUUAAUACUCCUCCUUUUGUGGUCCUCGAUGUUAAGCCCUCUUCUGGCUUCUCAGACAUUGAUCAAACAAGCCUCACUGCUUUAGUGAAGGAGAAAAACUUGGACCAGCUUCUUGAACUUAGAGGAGUUGAAGGUGUGGCUGAAGCUCUAAAAGCGGAUAUCAAAAAUGGCAUCCAUGGUGACGUUAAAGAUGUUGCUCGCAGGAAGGAGGAGUUCGGUUCAAACACAUACCAGAAGCCCCCUACGAAAAGCUUCCUCCACUUUGUGGUGGAAGCAUUUAAGGAUCUUACCAUUCUCGUACUUCUUGCUUGUGCUACUCUCUCUCUCGGUUUUGGGAUUAAAGAGCAUGGAGUGAAGGAAGGGUGGUAUGAUGGUGGGAGCAUAUUUCUUGCUAUCUUUAUAGUCAUUUCUGUCUCUGCUGUAAUUAACUUCAAACAAAACAGACAAUUUGAUAAGUUGUCAAAGGUCAGCAACAAUAUACAGGUUGCUGUUGUCCGGCAUGGGCGACAUCAGCAGAUCUCUAUAUUUGAGAUUGUUGUUGGAGAUGUUGUUUGCUUGAAGAUUGGAGAUCAAGUUCCUGCUGAUGGAUUGUUCUUGGAUGGGCAUUCAUUACAAGUGGAUGAAUCAAGCAUGACAGGGGAGAAUGAUCAUGUGGAAGUCAACACCAGCCUGAAUCCAUUUUUGUUUUCUGGAACCAAAGUGGCUGAUGGAUAUGCUCGAAUGCUUGUGACGUCUGUUGGGAUGAACACAACGUGGGGUGAGAUGAUGAGCACAAUCAGCCACGACGCUAAUGAACAGACACCCUUACAAGCUCGGCUUAACAAGCUAACUUCAUCAAUUGGUAAGUUUGGUCUGGCAGCUGCUUUUCUAGUUCUUGUAUUGUUGCUGGUUCGCUACUUCACAGGGAAUACAAAAGACGAGAAUGGAAAUCAAGAGUUCAAUGCCAGCAAGACAAAGGCUGGUGACAUAGUGAAUGCUGUGGUCGGAAUCAUUGCUGCCGCAAUUACCAUUGUGGUUGUUGCCAUUCCAGAAGGCUUGCCGUUGGCUGUCACACUCACUCUUGGUUAUUCAAUGAAAAGAAUGAUGGCUGACCAGGUUAUGGUUCGGAAGCUCUCUGCCUGUGAGACCCUGGGCUUCGGCACCACCAUUUGUACUGACAAAACAGGUACCCUCACUCUGAACCAGAUGAAGGUGACAAAGUUUUGGCUUGGCAAACAACCUAUUGAAGCUGCCUCUUCAAUUGCCACAGAUCUUCUCGAAUUGAUUCGACAUGGAGUUGCUUUGAACACGACUGGUAGCAUUUACAGGGAGCCUUCCUCAUCUAAAUUCGAGUUCUCUGGUAGUCCCACUGAAAAAGCAAUACUUUCUUGGGCUGUCCUGGAACUUGGUAUGGACAUGGAGAGAAUGAAGAAGAAUUACACCAUUCUUCAUGUUGAAGCUUUCAAUUCGGAGAAGAAAAUGAGCGGUAUUUUAAUAAGGAAGAAGGCUGACAACACAAUCCACGCGCACUGGAAGGGAGCGGCAGAGAUGAUACUAGCAAUGUGUUCCAGUUACUAUGACGCCUCUGGAAGCAUGAAAGAUCUGGAUGAUGGUGAAAGGAUGACAUUUGAGCAAACAAUUCAAGGCAUGGCAGCUAGCAGCCUCCGCUGCAUGGCUUUUGCCCAUAAACAAAUUCCAAAGGAAGAGCAGGAAAUUGGGGAAGGCCUGCAAAAGCUAAAAGAAGACAGCUUGACCCUUAUAGCACUGGUCGGAAUAAAGGACCCAUGUAGACCAGGGGUGAGAAAAGCUGUGGAGGAUUGCCAAUAUGCUGGAGUGAAUGUUAAAAUGAUCACUGGCGACAAUAUUUUCACUGCGAGAGCCAUAGCCAUGGAAUGUGGAAUAUUAAGACCAGGUCAAGAAAUGGACAGUGAAGCAGUGGUAGAAGGUGAGGUAUACCGGCAGUACACCCCAGAAGAGAGAAUGGAGAAAAUUGAUAAAAUCCGUGUGAUGGCUAGAUCCUCUCCCUUUGAUAAACUUCUCAUGGUACAGUGCUUGAAACAAAAAGGCCAUGUUGUAGCAGUCACAGGUGAUGGCACAAAUGAUGCACCAGCAUUAAAAGCAGCUGACAUAGGACUUUCUAUGGGGAUUCAGGGCACAGAAGUGGCAAAGGAGAGCUCAGAUAUCAUCAUCUUGGAUGAUAAUUUUGCUUCUGUAGCCACGGUUUUGAGGUGGGGAAGGUGUGUUUAUAACAACAUUCAGAAAUUCAUCCAGUUCCAGCUCACAGUGAAUGUUGCAACCCUUGUAAUCAACUGUGUAACAGCAGCUUCAGCUAGUCGGGUCCCACUGACAGCAUUCCACUUACUAUGGAUGAACUUGAUCAUGGACACAUUAGGUGCUCUGGCUCUCGUAACAGAGCGGCCCACCAAGGAACUCAUGGAGAAGCCACCUGUGGGUCGAGCUGAGCCACUCAUCACCAACAUCAUGUGGAGGAAUCUAUUAGCCCAAGCUCUGUAUCAGAUAGUCGUACUCUUGACCCUACAAUUCAAAGGAGAAUCAAUAUUUGGCGUGAAUAAGAAGGUGAAAGACACCCUGAUAUUCAACACUUCCUUUCUAUGCCAAGUCUUCAAUGAAUUCAAUGCAAGGGAGCUGGAGAAAAAGAACGUAUUUGAGGGGAUCCAUAAGAACAAGUUGUUUUUGGGGAUCAUUGGGAUAACCAUUAUCCUUCAGGUGGUUAUGGUGGAGUCUUUGAAGAAAUUUGCAGAUACAGAGAGGUUGGAUUGGGGACAAUGGGGUGCAUGCAUUGGAGUUGCAGCUGCAUCUUGGCCAAUCGGCUGGCUUGUCAAGUGCAUACCUGUUCCAGAUAAACCAGUUCUCGAUUGUCUGAAGUGGUAGGAACAUCAAUCCAUCGAUGUAUAUUAUUCUUGUAUUUUAUUCGCCUACUUCCCUCUAAAGGGUACUUAGUUAGUCACGCACUCCUGUAUUAAAUUUUGUCAUUUCUCGUCUUGGAAUAUUUGAUGCAAGUAUCGUUAAAAUGAUAAAAUUUUGUGAUUUUUUGUUUUUUU